AUGGAAGAAUUUCAUAAUCAAAUAAAUCAAUUACGUAGAAAUUGUCAACAAUUUGAAAAUAUUGAUAUAACUCAUAUUAUCAAUGAAAUUGAACAAAUUGGUCAACAAUUAAAAUAUUCACAAGAAUAUCUUCUUAAAGAAAUUCAACGUUUAAAAAAAGAUUUAGAUAUAAAUUAUACUAAACUUAAUUAUGCUAAUGAGCUUAGAACUAUUGAUCAAAUAACAUUAACAACAUUUAAAACUAAAUUUGAUGAUCUAACACAAUUACUUACUGACAUUAAAAAUAAAGAAAUUAAUGCAUGGCAUAUCCUUCAGAUUCUUCGAGUAAAUACUUCACGUCUAUGGUAUAUCUUGGAAACAGCAAUAGGUACUACGUUAAAUGAUAAAUUAAUAAUUAAUGAAGAUUUAGAAAAACUUCUUAAUUUUGCUCAAAUAGAAAAAAAUGAACAAACAACAUGUUUAAAUUUAUUAGAAAAAGAACAUGGUGAUUUAUUAAUUAAAAUGAAAAACAUUCAAUUAACACUUGAAUAUUUUCGUACAUCAAUAUUACAAAUAACACAAAAUAUAAAUGAAAUAAAAUUAAAAAUAAAUAAUCAAGAACAUAUUAAUAAUCAUAUAUAUGAACAAUCAUCAAAAAAAAUAAAUAAUUUAAUUUUAAAUAUAAAAGAUAUUGAAAUAUUUCUUAAUGAUUAUAAAUUUCUUAUUAAUGAAAUUCAUAAUUUAUUAAAAUUAAUUUUUCAUAUACAAACACAAAUUGAAAUUCAUCAUAAAACAAUAUUUAUUUAUCAAAAUAAUUUAGAAAAAUAUAAACAAAAUUUAAUAUUAAAUAUUAUUAAUCGAACUAAUUAUGAAAAUCAAAUAUUAAAUUUAAAAAAAAUUCUUCAACAACAAAAUGAAAAUUUUCAACAAUUAAAAAAUCAACAAAUACAAUUUAAUAAAAAUCGUCAAAAACUUUAUCAACAAAUUGAUAUUCUGGAAAUAGAAAAAAAUCAAAUAUUAAAUCAUCAACAACAAUUAAUCAAUAUUAUUAAACAAUCAAAUUCAAAAAAAAAAUUAUUAGAAAAAGAAAUUUUUCAUUCAAAUCAUACUAUUCAAAAUUUACAAUAUUCAUAUAGAAAAUUAUCUAAAGAUCAUAAUAAACAACAUAAUAUUACAAAUAAUUUACAAAAAACAAUUCAAGCAAAUGAAGAACGAUUACAAAUAACAAAAAUUGAAAUAAAUAAAUUCAGUGAACAAGUUAAACAACAAAAUUAUCUAAUAAAUUCUAAUGAAAUUCAAUUUGAUUCUCAUACAAAAGAAUUACAAGAUCUUGAAAAUUGUUUAUUAACAACACAUGAAGAAUUAAAUGAUCAACGUAGAAAAGUUAAUGAAAAUAAAAUUAAAAUUCAAUUACUCAAACAAAAAUUAUAUAAAAUUAUUAGUGAUGAAAAACCAUUAGCAAAAGAAAUUUCAUAUUAUCAAAAACAAAUUAAACAAAAUGAAAUUAAUUUUAAUCAAAUAGAAUUAAAUUUAAAACAAAAUGAAACAAAAAUUAAUCAAUAUAAAAUAAUUAUUAGAAAAUUAAUGUUAAAUUCAAAACAAAAUAAUCAUAUUCUUAUACAAAAUAAUUUAUUAUUAGAACAAUAUCAUUAUCAAACACAACAAAUAAAAGAAAAUAUAAAGAUAUUAAAUCAAAAUUUAAAACAUUCAGAAUAUAAUUAUCAAAUUUUAAAAGAAAUAUUUCAUUAUACUGAAAAUGAAAAUCGACUAUUAAAACAACAAUAUGCAGAUUUAACUUUUGUAGUACAAUUACUUGGACAUAGACAAGCUAUGCUUAAUAAUGAAUUAGAACCAUUAUAUAAAACAAUAAAACGUCUUUCUACACAACAUCUUAAGCAAGAUAAGAUAAUUGAACAAUCAAAAUCAGAUCUUAAUAUUUUACAUAAAUAUCAUUAUCAUUUACGAUCAUAUAAUCAACAAUUACAACAAUCAAUUUCAUUUAAAACUCUUGAACAUAAUGAAUAUCUUCAUUCACAAAGUAUUUCUAAUCGAUAUAUUAAUUUUCAAAAUCAACUUACAUUAGAAAUGAAAAAAAAUUUUAAUCAUAUACAUUAUUGGUAUAUGUUUAUGAUAAGUUCACCGGAUAAAUUUAAUAAUAUAUCAAAAUUAUUUUUAAUAAAAAAGAAACUUGUUCAUAAAACUAAUGAAUUUAUAAAUUUAAAAAAAAUUUUCAAUGAAAAAAAAAUUUUAUAUCGUUAUUUAAAUCAAAUUUAUAUACGAAGACAAAAACUUUAUGAAAAAAUAAAUGCAUAUGAUGUAUUCAAAAAUAAAUUUAUUAAACAAAAUAAACUCUAG